AUGUCGCGCCAGAUUACGUUCGCUGAGCUCUGCGAGCACAACACCGAGCAGGACCUGUGGCUCCUCAUUGACGGCAAAGUCUACGAUGUGACUAAGUUCAUGCCCGAGCACCCUGGUGGUGACGAGGUUCUUACCACCGAGGCUGGCAAGGACGCAACCGAGCACUUUGAGGACGUCGGCCACUCGGACGACGCCCGCGACCAGCUCAAGGGCAUGCUCAUCGGCACGCUCGCUGACCCGGAGAACGUGCCCAACACUAACCGCUCGUCCACCGAGGGCGGCACUACGGCCGUCGGCCAGCCCCCCCUGCUUGUCAUCCUUGCCGUGCUGGGUGUUAUCGCCUACUUUGGGUACACCCGCUUUGUGCUCAAGCAGUAA